AUGCCCCGGGGUCUGAUGCUGUACUCGGUCAGUCUAGAUGGGCGUCAUGUUCCACUCUCCGCGCGCGCACCCUGACCAUGUCGAACUUUUUCCACCCCACUCUUCUCGCCUUUAGCCUUGGGUCGACGCCUCGCUGUCGUACGGCACCAAGCCCAACGCCUCGCAUCACCUCAACGCGCCGUACGACAUUUUGAGCCUCAGGGGCCUGGCGACCGCAUCCUCGGAGCUUCUGCGCGGCGUGGCAGCAGGCGACGAGAAAAGCCUAUACAUUUCCAGCCUUCACCUGGGUCGCGAGUCGCCCGUGCACGACUACAAGGGCUUCCCUCCCCUCAUCGUCAUGGGUGGAAGUCUGGAAAAGUUCAUCGACGAGAUCAGGGAUCUGGUAAAGGCGUACAAGAAAGAUGUGCAGGCUGACGAAACGCUCGUGCACAGCUUUGAGGACAAGAAAGCAUCGCACGACCCGUACAACAUUCCCAUCUGCUAUGCAGAGGUGCAAAAAGUCGGCAUGGAUCGCAACUUGAAGUGGCUACUCAAGCUGAACACUUGA